CCUGAUCUCCUCGUAUCUUUAAAACCCCUUUUUACAGUGGUUGAUGUUACAGCAACACGUUUAUUUGUUUUAGUUGUUUUGUAUUUUGCUAUUAGCUCUUGAAGACACACCAGUUCAGUGCAUUUUCCAUCAGAGAUCAUUGUGAGUUGACAGACCGGGAGGAUGACAGCUCAUGUGUGUUGCUUGAUUGUUGUUCUAUUGUGUCUGUUUGGAUACUUGAGCAUAACAGAUGCUGGAAAAACAACAGUAAAGCCAGGAAAGUGUCCACCUCAAUCAUCUGGAAAUGUAUCAUGUAGCAGUUCCUGUAAGAGUGACUCCAACUGUCCCAACAAUGAGAAGUGCUGCAGCAAUGGCUGUGGAAAUUACUGUACAGCUCCAUAUACAGUGAAACCAGGUCAAUGUCCCGACCCAAAGAACAUUCCACUGUCUCCUGAAAGCUGUGUCCAUGAUGGUCAGUGUCCUGCCACACAGAAGUGUUGCCCAAGCGCCAGUGGCCGUGCAUGCGGUGAACCAAGCGGCCAGGGUCAAGCGAGUGGCCAGGGUCAAGGAAGCGGCUUGGGCCAGGGAAGUGGCUUCGGUCAAGGAAGUGGCUUUGGCCAGGGUAGUGGCUUCGGUCAGGGCCAGGGAAGUGGCUUCGGUCAAGGAAGUGGCUUUGGCCAGGGUAGUGGCUUCGGUCAGGGCCAGGGAAGCGGCUUCGGUCAAGGAAGUGGCUUUGGCCAGGGUAGUGGCUUCGGUCAGGGCCAGGGAAGCGGCUUCGGUCAAGGAAGCGGCUUUGGUCAGGGUAGUGGUUUCGGUCCGGGCCAGGGAAGCGGCUUCGGUAAAGGAAGCGGCUUUGGUCAGGGUAGUGGCUUCGGUCAGGGCCAGGGAAGCGGUUUUGGCCAGGGUCAAGGAAGUGGCUUUGGCCAGGGUAGUGGCUUCGGCCAGGGCCAGGGAAGCGGCUUCGGUCAAGGAAGCGGCUUUGGUCAGGGUAGUGGCUUCGGUCAGGGCCAGGGAAGCGGCUUCGGUCAAGGAAGCGGCUUUGGUCAGGGUAGUGGCUUCGGUCAGGGCCAGGGAAGCGGCUUCGGUCAAGGAAGCGGCUUUGGUCAGGGUAGUGGCUUCGGUCAGGGCCAGGGAAGCGGCUUUGGUCAAGGAAGCGGCUUCGGCCAGGGUAGUGGCUUCGGUCAAGGAAGCGGCUUUGGCCAGGGUCAAGGAAGCGGCUUUGGCCAGGGUAGUGGCUUCGGUCAAGGAAGUGGCUUUGGCCAGGGUAGUGGAUUCGGCCAGGGAAGCGGCUUUGGCCAGGGAAGCGGCGCUGGCCAGGGAAGCGGUCAGGGAAGCGGCGCUGGCCAGGGAAGCGGUCAGGGCAUCGGCCAGGGAAGUGGUCAGGGCAUCGGUCAGGGCAUCGGCCAGGGAAGUGGGUCUGGUCAGGGCAUCGGCCAGGGAAGUGGGUCUGGUCAGGGAAAAGGUAAGGGAAGGGGCUCUGGACAGGGUCAGGGAAGCGGCCAGGGAAGGGGCUCUGGACAGGGUCAGGGAAGCGGCCAGGCAAGGGUCACUGGACAGGGCCAGGGAAGCGGAUCUGCUCAUGGAUUGCUCAAAGUAUCACGUUAUUGGGGUUGCUUCAACACGCAGACCUGGCAACACUGA